AGAAACCCCAUUUGUUAGGGUCGUCGCGUCACUGGCAGUCAUAAACCGUACCUAUUUCUAGAAUUUAUCUUAUUAAAAUCUCAUUUUAAACGUAACCUUAACCACACUGCUCACCUUGUUUUUACAAUACAGCUAUCUAGCUAGUGGAAACCUAAUUUGAAUGAAGGAUCAACUUCUGACUGUAGCUAGCAACUCAUUUCUAACUGAUUUUUAGAGAAGAAGAAUCAGUCAGUAUUUUCUUUAAAUAUCGAGGAGCUGAUUAGCACAGUUGUGAACUUGUGCAUGUGAUCAGUUCCAGGAUUACUCGCUUGAUUGGCAAACAAAGACCAUCUUGCAAGUUAGCGUGCUUGACACUGAUAGUAUGGUACCAGCCAACGCCCGGUAGUAACCGUCGCUGUCUAUCUGUUAGGCUUUUUCGUCUCGCACCGUGCUCAUAUUGAGAAUAUUCAUUAUACAGUUAAAACAAGAGAAGGCAUACGAGGACUGACUAAGGCUACUGCUGUCAAAUGAACUGUCUGUCGGACCUCCCCAUAAGUGACAUAGGGAAGUGUGGUAAGUGGAGUGGAUGUCUGAGCCUCGGGUCACUGUGGGGCAUGAUGAGGCAGGGGCCGGGAGAGGGGAGAAAGAAGCUAAAUCGGCACCACUGAAACAGCCCUCCAAUGAAGCCUCCAGGCCUGGACAGCUGGGGCUGCCCCCAGGCUCUCAGCUCCCUUCUACUGAACCGAGCCCCUCCCCGUCUGCUGAAGGAAGCGGCUUGCUGUCGUUGCCGUGGGAGAUGGUGGCUCGCAUCGCCUCGCACCUCUCGGCACAGUGUGUCAUCACGGUCCUGCCACAGGUGUGUCACACCCUGGGAAAUGUGGGUAAGGACAGCACGGCGUGGCAGUUGCGGGCACGCAGGCUAACUGGCCCCAGAGCUUCCUUCCCCGUGGGGCCACGAGAUGGCUUUGACUGGCCCUCGGCCUGCCUGGAGAUGGAGGAGCUGAUCACUUGCUGGACGGGCCAGGGGGAGAGGGCUGCCAGGGAAGCCGAGCAGGCAGAGAGGGAGAGAGAGGUGGAGAGGGCCCAGGAGAGGGAAAGGGAUAGAGAGGCCCUGGCAGAGGAAGGGAUUGGAGAGUGGGAGGAGGUGGAAGAGGGCAGACCCCAAGUGGAUGAAGGGGUAGAUGAAGUGGGUUUUCAAGUGGAGGGCGUGAUGGCGGUAGCAUGGGAUAGGGAGGAGUUGCUAGAGGAGGGAGAUAUGCCGGGAGUUGGGGAGGAGAGGCAGGAGGCUGCAGCCGAGGCCCUGAUAGAGGAGGAGAGAGAUGACGAACAAGGUGUCCUGGAGGCCAUCGAGGUGGAGGAGAGAGUGGGAGUUUUGGCAGAUAGAGACGGUCAAGAUUACAUAGCGGGCCUGAGAUUGGGAAGCGAGGGGGAGAAAAACAGGUCCAGCCGCACUCCCAGUCCUCCCCCAGCCCUGGAGCGCCUCUCCCUCCCCUCGGGGCACAUCGCUGAGGUAAACUCGGUCCUCUUGGUAGGGGGCGAUGGGGCGUUGUGUGCCUCAGGCUCCCGUGACAGGAACGUGAACCUGUGGGACCUAGGGGGAGGGGGCUCCACGGGCAGGCUGCUCCAUACACUGGGGGGCCAGGGCCUCUUCAGCACCCACAAAGGCUGGGUGUGGUGCCUGGCGGCCCGGGGACCCCUGCUGGCCUCGGGCUCCUUCGACAGCACAGUGCGGCUAUGGGACCUGGGGGCCCAAGGAGCUGAGAGGGGCCUAAUCAUGGCCCGGGCUGCCGUGCUCUGCCUGGCCCCCCCCCAGAAGGACAUGCUGCUGGCCGGCACCUACGACAAGAAGGUCAGCGUCUACGACACAAGAGUGGCGGCACCUCUGGUAAAGAGCCUGCGUCUCCAUAGCAACGCGGUGCUGUGCCUGGUAGCGGAUGAGCAGUACAUCCUUUCUGGGAGUAAAGACCGCACUGUGGUCAUCUACGACCGAAGAGCAGGGAAAACCCUACAGAAACUACAGCUGGGCUCCUACCUGCUGUCAAUGUGCUACAGUGACAGUGAGGUGUGGGCGGGGGACAACCAGGGCAUGCUCCAUGCCUUCUCCAUGCAGGCCGGUUUCUUCAAGCCCCUCUCCCAGUUCGACGUGGGACACACCUCACUGGUCACUGGCAUCCACAGGUCCCCUGGGAGCCUCUACACCUGCUCCGCUGACCGCACCAUCAAGGUGCACCUCCCCUGUGCCCCUCCAAGGACGCUGUGCACACUGCACCACCAAGCAGGCGUCAAUGGGGUGAGUCUCUCAUCAAAUGUUCCUUUUGAGAUUCUGAUGGCUGAUAGUCCUCUCCUUAGCCUCCUACCUUGAUCUGAUAGAAGAAAG